AUGGCGUUCCCGUGGUCAAACGGGGGUGUCUGCGGGUCUCCUGGUGUCCUGGCGCGUCUACUGGCGAGCGGAGUAGGUGAGGGGAGGCUGGGUGCAUCGGCGCUCGUCACGCCCUGGCGCGUCCAGGGCGCUCGCCGUGCGCACACUGGCGCCGAAACCGAGCGCUGCUCGCCGCCCCCAGCCGCGGCCUCCUCCUCUCCUCCCGGUGCUUCCCCGCGGCCGCCGCUCCUCUGCAUCGCCGCCAGGACUAGGGCGCCGGCGCCGGCAUCUGGGGAGUCACGGACGGGGGGCCACGGCGGAGCGGAGGGCGAAGAUGAGGGGAAGGCCCAGGCGGUGCUCCCCGGCGCCGGUGAUGGUGAUGUGCACGCGACCGCGCCACUACACGGGAGUAGGGGAAAGUCGCCUCGGACGUGCAACGGGAGUAGGGGAGGUCACCCCGGACGUGCAGCAGCGCCAAGAGCGGCGGCGGAGGAGGUCGAAUCGAUGGACAUCACAGAGGACGGGUGCCCGGCGCGGCGAGCUGAGGGACGUCCGGCGAGCGCCCGCAGCUGGCAAGCCUCGCGCGCUGGUGAUGGUGGCGCUGGAAACCCUUUCUCCAUGGCGCCACCGCCGGCCUCCUCCCCGCGACGCGGCGAAGGUAUUGGGACUGGUUGGGAGAGAGAGAGGAGGCAGAGGCGGCCCAACCGCUCCUCUGCAUCGCUGACCGCGCCGCCCGAGUCAGCCUUGGCCGCCGGCGCCUCCCGCUGA